AUGUUAAGAGGGCAGCUUGCGCAACUACGCCAUGCUAUUGAGACCGUGCCGAACAAUGGUCUGCUGCGAUUCUAUCAGCCUGACCGAGGAGAAAGGGUCCUAGUUACUGGGAUAAAGGCCUUGAAUGAAAUUUUGGUAUCAAAAGCCACCGAGUUCGUCAAGCCUCAAACCAUCAGGCGCCGACUCUACACCGUUGCUGGGAACGGCUUACUUUUAGCCGAAGGAGAGAUACACAAAGCGCAGCGCAAAGACUUGAUGCCAGCAUUUUCGUUCCGUCAUAUCAAGGACCUAUACCCGGUUUUCUGGACGAAGUCAAAAGAAUUGGCGGAUCUUCUCGAUAGAGAAAUAAAUAGCAAGGGAUCCUCGAGGACAGGCGUUGUCGUGAUGCAAAACUGGGCUACUCGAGCUACACUUGAUAUUAUUGGUAUUGCAGGCAUGGAUCAUGACUUUGAUUCGUUGCGGGACCCAGAUAAUCCUCUUACCCGGCAAUAUCAACGGAUGCGUCAAGCUCCUUCUUGCUUGGAGUAUAUUAUGGGCAGUUUGCUGUCUCUAUUUACGUCUCGUGCCGCAUACAUCGUCGGCGGGCUCCCAACAAAGCGAAGAAAAGAAGCGAAAGAAGCCUCCAACUUUGUUCGGAACGUCUGCCGAGAUCUUAUUCGAAAAAAACAGAGCAAAUUGUAUUCCUCCAAGGCGGAUAAGGGAGUGGAUAUUAUAUCAGUUGCACUGCGAAGCUCUACAUUUACCAACGAGAAUCUCGUUGACCAGAUGAUGACCUUCCUUGCAGCAGGACACGGCACAACCAGCCACGCUCUCCAAUGGUCUGUUUACGCUCUUUGUAAGCACGAAAGCAUACAGAACCGUUUACGAAAAGAGAUCCGUGACAAUCUGCCUCCUAUUAGCGACCGGGGAUCUACCAUAACGGCUUGUGAUAUUGAUGGUCUUCCAUAUCUUCACGCAUUUUGCAAUGAGGUCCUCCGCUUUUACCCUUCUGUGUCCACCACGGCCAGAGAGGCUUUACAUGACACUACAGUUGCAGGAACUUACAUUCCCAAAGGAACCAUGUUUACUAUCCCGAUCGCGAUAGUCAACCGUGAUGUAGAGCUUUGGGGCUCAAGUGCUUCAGUUUUUGACCCGGAGCGGUGGAUGGGUCAGGGUCGGGCCAACUCUGGCGGAGUUCAGAACCAUAUUGGAUUUCUCACCUUUCUUCAUGGACCCAGGAGCUGCAUUGGAUCGAACUUUUCAAGGGCAGAGCUAGCAUGCCUUGUGGCAGUACUUGUCGGGAGAUUCCACAUGGAACUCGAAAAUCCCAAUGCAAGGACUGUAUUGAAUACUCACGGUAUUGGCACUGCACCACUAGACGGGUCCAUAGAUGAGAGUAAUCGAUCUGAUUGGCCGCCAAACCCGGUGCUUCGCUUACUUCGGAAUGUCGACGAACGUCCCAUCUCCAAAACAACUGCUCGCAUCAUUUGUAGCAACGGCAGUAAAUGCAUUCCUGCAAUUACCAUGCGGGGUAGGAAACCAAACUUUGUGGCAUGCGUGCAUUGCCGUCAGAUGAAAGCCGUCAGACGACCGGAGCAAGAAUUCGUGGAGUCGAAAGACACCACGAACAGUCUAAGAGAAUACCCCGAAGAGAACACUCCUAGUGAAUCGCAACCUCGGCGUAUAUUAACAGAAGACAUGGACAUCUUAAAUGCUGUUUCGGAUCCACUGGUAUCAAUAGAAGCCUUGAACCAAGUCGAAUGGUCCACGAGUAGGUCCAUUGGGGGCGUGGAACUGCCAGCGUCCCUAAUCCAAGAACUCCUUGCGGAAUUCUACCAAUUUUAUCAUCCAUCAUGUCCCUUAUUACCGUCACCUUCAACAUUCAUCACUUACUCCAAUGGAUGCCCAUUCCUCUUUUGGACAGUCAUGUUCAUAACACUCAGAGGCAGGCCAGAUUAUCACCAGUUAUUCUUAUCUCUCGUGGACGAAAUUUCUGACAUGGCGUAUGACUGCAUUCGCCCCAAAACAGCGUCAUUUCAUUCCAUGCAGGCCCUUUUAUUGCUUUGUUAUUGGCCUCCUCCUUUUAAUAUGCUAUCUGAUGACCCAUCGAGUGCCUUUGUCAACAUGGCCACACAUAUUGGUCUACGGCUUGGCUUGCAUCGACCAGGAUACGCGAAGGAGUUUGACGCCAAAACAUACAUUGAUAGAAACAUGCAGAUCCUUCGCCGAAUAACAUGGGUUAUCUGCUUCAUCGCCAACGUAAGUGUUUACGGCCAAACUGGUCUUCCGCCUACCGUUAGAGUAGACCAUGGCCUUUUAGACAUACUUGCUACCAAGCCUACCUGGCUUCCUGAUACAUUAUACUGCCAACUGCAUAUUUCGCGCCAAACCCUGAAUAUAUUUUUAACCGUGGGAAGUUGCGAGUUAUCAAACACCGGCUUACUUCCCAAACCACAACCCGUUAUCCAACUGUUUGAGACUGAGUUGCGCGCUCUCGAAUCAAAGCUUUCAGCGUCCUGGUCGGAGCUCGAUUAUGUUAGUUUUUGUGCAUGCAGGACAGUAUUGUACGUACUUGCUCUUGCUGCUGUUGAUAACUCAGAUGAUGGGUGUCGUUUGGUUGAAGAAGAAUUGCGAUCGCAUUGGGUACUUCAGAUAUAUGUGACUUCAAUGGCUGUUGUCCAAACCGCGUCGAAAAUCCGAGGACAGUUUCUCAAAACGCCGGCACGUUUAUUCAAGACUUUAGCUGGUGCUAUAUCAUUUCUCAUUUUAUUAAGAUGCUCGAAGUAUCAUCACCUGGCUGUGGACAGUACACUCACCGCUGGAAUUCGACAAGGAUGGGAUCUUUUACGCGGUCUGGCAAUUACGUCUGAUGAUUUUGUGACCCGAGUUCACGCAGGACUUGAGCGCUUGAGCAGGUAUUGCGAGACUCUGAAGCCAGAGGAUAGGACCCAGGAACUCCUGAGCGUCAAAACGAGAAUGGGCUACAACGUAGCACGCAGUAUUGCUCUUCUUAUCCAGGGGAAAGCGCCGAGGCAAGCCGAGGAGAAUAUAUCAUCCAGCGAUCCCAAUGAAAGAUUGGCCAAUGAUACCAUCAAUACUGAAGACACGGAUCUCUUUCUGAAUUUUGAUUCGGACGAUUCUUUGCUAGGAAUCUUGCCACAAAUCAUCUAA